ACCCUCAGGAGGAAGAAGUAAUGUGAUUUGCCGGCGCCACCCCUCUGCUCCCUGCGGACGCUGCGAAUGGCAAGUCCCGAGGUCGCAACUUCUACGGAGGCGGGUGGCUGAGUUCUCCGUUGUCCUUGGGGUCUCCGGUCGCUGUUGCCACUGGGCCUGCAGACAAGGUUUUGCGAUGUUUCCCAGGCUGGUCUCAAACUUCUAGGCUCAAGCAAUCAAUUCGCCUUAGCCUCCCAAAGUGCUGGGGUUAUGGGGAUGAGCCACCUAGUGGUCAUUCUGUAAAACGAUCAUGGUAAACUUCCUUCAACUUUUGCGGGACCAGUGGGUUGUUCUUUUUGUCCCUAUGGGAUUUGUCCUUGGCUGUUACCUUGACAGAAAGAAUGAUGAAAAGCUGACUGCCUUCCGGAAUAAGAGUAUGUUAUAUAAAAGGGAAUUGCGACCCAAUGAAGAAUAUACCUGGAAGUAAAGACUGGCUGACGUAUGCAGUGUUCACAUUUUAAAGUUCUGAGAGAAAUAAAAUCGUAUCACUGUUGAAUUUGAAGAA